AUGACGACACCUUUGUUGACACCUUCAAUGACACCUUCAAUGGCAUCAAGCACACCAAAGCACACCAUCCUGUCAUCUGGAACUGGGACACCCACUGUGUCUGAGAAGUUAACUCUAACUCCACCCUCAUCAACACCAGACAAAGUCAUUGACACAAUCAAACCUUUACCCAUGGCAACCACGGCAACUAUCGACACCUCUUCACCAACCACAACCACACUGAGGACAACUGUGCUUAGCACAGCCACAUCUGAGACUCAGGAAAGGGACACUACAGCUGUACCCCCGACCCCAGUGACAAGCCCCACAACGAGUAAGCCACUGGACACACACCAUAGCACAGUCACACAGACACCUUCCCAGCCACUACGGACUGGCUCUGAUGUCGGCGUGACUGAACUCACAACACUGUCACCACCAAGGUCUAUCACCACUGAAAUGAGAUCAUCAGAGUCCCCAAACCCAGGGGAGACAGACGUGACCAUGACGACACCUUUGUUGACACCUUCAAUGACACCUUCAAUGGCAUCAAGCACACCAAAGCACACCAUCCUGUCAUCUGGAACUGGGACACCCACUGUGUCUGAGAAGUUAACUCUAACUCCACCCUCAUCAACACCAGACAAAGUCAUUGACACAAUCAAACCUUUACCCAUGGCGACCACGGCAACUAUCGACACCUCUUCACCAACCACAACCACACUGAGGACAACUGUGCUUAGCACAGCCACAUCUGAGACUCAGGAAAGGGACACUACAACUGUAUCUCCGACCCCAGUGACAAGCCCCACAACGAGUAAGCCACUGGACACACACCAUAGCACAGUCACACAGACACCUUCCCAGACAGUGCAGAUGAGCUCAAGCAACAGCCAAUCAUCUGACCAUUCCACAGGCCUUGUUCCUAGCUCUUCAGAGACAACCAAAUCCUCCACUGUGAUUGGGACUGGAAAAGCACCCCCCAACUCUAGUCAGAGUGGUGGUCCAGGAGGUGGACCCUGUGCUUUGGAUGAGGAUCCAGACAGUACCGGAGGCUGUGCGUGCAAGGACAGCUACUAUUCCCACUUGGAACUAUCUAGAGAGAUAGCGACCCUGCGCUGCAGGCCACAGGACAUUGAGGUGUCGCUCAGGAGCUGCUUCCUGAAGACUCAACACUGGGUCCUGAAGCAAGAUGCCUUCAAGAAAUGUUUCAGUAGCAAUACGACAGAAGAGGGUCAUCGGGUCCAGGUCUUUCAGUUGGAGAAGAAGGAGGGAACUUGUGGACUCCACAUCUUUACCAACAGCAGCCAUGCCCUGCACUCUUUGGACGUGUACCUUGAACAGGCUCUCCCUGGCUCCAACAGCACUGCCUUUAGAGUGUUUCACUUCAGCUGCGCCUAUCCACUGGCCGUGAACGUCAGCAAACCUGUAUCCUACCAGGAGGUCUCCAUCCCCUCCAUCCAUGUUCCAAAUACCGGGGAGACUGUCAUCAUCCUGAACAUCUUCACGGACUCUGAACUCUCCGCUCCCCUCAAGAACAGUACGGCUGCUGUCGGCAUGCCUCUCUACGUGGUUCUCACGUCCACCAACACUGACCCUGACCGGUUUGCCCUGGUGGUUAACGAGAUCUUUGCAAGUACCAACUUCUCCAACACAGAGGCUAAGGCCACCUAUCACUUUGUGAAGGAGAGCUGCCCAGUCCGGGGCCGGAUGCUCCGGGAUUUGAGCAAUGGGGUCUCCAUGUUUGUGACACUGGCCUUCACUCUCUCACGAUUCUUGAAUAGUGACAUGCUUUACCUACACGCCCGAGUGACCCUCUGUGACAAGCAAGUGGGACAACCAUGCCAACCGGCUUGUAGUGGAAAGAAUCCUCUGAGGAGAAAGUCACCCUGGGAUGCUCGAGCCGGGACCCAGAUGGAGCCUAGCAGCGGCAAGUGGAUCGUGUUUGGACCUCUUCGAAUAAGUGAGUCCAGAGCCUCCGGCAGCAGGAACUCAGCAGGAGCCUGGAUAGCCAUCUUUCUCCUGAUCGUGAUUGGCUGGAUACUGGAAUAA